CUCUUGAACUUUGAUCCAAUUCAUUAAUUUUAGUUUUCAAUUGCAAAUGUAUAGGUAAAACUGUUUACAAGGACGAAAAUUUGAUGGAGCAAUCACCGUUUCUUAAACUCAAGCACUGGCAAUGGUGGGCUAUGGUGGCAAUCAACAUUUUCUUCCUCAUUGCUGGCCAAGCUGCUGCAGUUCUUCUGGGGAGAUUUUAUUAUGAUCAGGGUGGGAAUAGUAAAUGGAUGGCCACUCUUGUGCAAACUGCUGGCUUCCCUGUCCUUUUCAUCCCUUUGUUUUUCCUUCGCCCUUCUUCGGAAGCUUCAACUUCUUCCACCUCGCCUCCCAUCAGAAUUCUUGCUCUGAUUUAUUUCGUUCUCGGAGCAGUCGUAGCCGGUGACAAUAUGUUGUAUUCUGUUGGGCUAUUGUACCUCUCAGCCUCUACGUACUCACUCAUUUGUGCAACUCAAUUAGCUUUCAAUGCAGUUUUCUCCUACUUCCUUAAUUCACAGAAGUUCACUGCUUUGAUCCUGAACUCGGUGGUUAUCUUGUCUUUGUCCGCUGCCUUAAUCGCAGUUGAUGAUGAUUCCGAAGGACCAUCAGGAGUUUCUAAGAAGAAAUUUCUCAUCGGCUUCCUUGCUACCCUCGGAGCUUCUGCCCUUUACUCCCUUUUGCUUUCCCUUAUGCAACUUUCUUUUCAAAAGGUUUUGAAGAAGGAAACGUUUUCUGUUGUUUUGGAAAUGCAAAUCUAUACAUCCGUCGUUGCCAGUUGUGUAUCGGUCGUGGGUCUCUUUGCCAGCGGGGAAUGGAAGACUUUGCAGCAUGAGAUGCAAGGCUUCGACACUGGAAGAGUUUCUUACGUGCUGACAUUGGUUUGGACUGCUAUAACUUGGCAAAUAUGUGCUGUUGGUGUUGUAGGCUUGAUUUUUCUCGUCACGUCUCUCUUCUCCAAUGUAAUCAGUACUAUGUCGUUGGCUGUUACUCCACUAGCUGCUCUGGUAGUUUUUCAUGACAAAACGACCGGAGUGAAGGUAAUUGCUAUGCUUCUUGCACUCUGUGGUUUUGCCUCUUAUAUUUAUCAAAAUUAUCAUGAUGACACAAAGGCAAGGAGGCUUCAAACCGAUGUUCAGGAAAGCCAUGAUAAUUCUUCAUGCUAAUAAUCUUUGUGCAAAUAUAUUUGGUACCAAUGUAAAGAACCUACUGCCAUGGUUGGUCUGAUUUGACAUUCUGUGAAUCAUUUCCCAU